CUGCUGGUUCCACCCCUGGAUACAGUAACCAUGCCCUUCACCUGGCUCCCCAUAGGCUGGUCUUUGGAUCCCAGCCCCUAAAAAUCCCCGUGGUUGUUUCUUCAUGCAUUCCCUCCCACUGACCUGGCCCAGGACACUGCUUCGGACAGGGAAGGGUCAGCCGGGCCCCAGAGGAGAGACAGCAGCCCAACCGGGAGCCUGGAGGGAGCACAGAACAAUGGCAGCCCGAAGAAAAGGCCAGUACAACCUGUGGAAGCCCUCUCUGGACAGCAUGUCCCAAUUAAUGGAUUCUGACAUGGAUUAUGAAAGGCCAAACGUAGAGACCAUCAAGUGCGUGGUAGUGGGGGACAACGCUGUGGGCAAGACCAGGCUCAUCUGUGCCCGGGCCUGCAAUGCCACCCUCACCCAGUACCAGCUGCUUGCCACCCACGUGCCCACAGUUUGGGCCAUCGACCAGUACCGGGUGUGUCAGGAGGUGCUGGAACGUUCCCGAGACGUGGUAGAUGAUGUCAGCGUGUCCCUCCGCCUCUGGGACACCUUUGGAGAUCACCACAAAGACCGUCGCUUUGCUUAUGGGAGAUCCGAUGUGGUGGUUCUGUGCUUCUCCAUUGCCAACCCCAACUCCCUCCACCAUGUCAAGACCAUGUGGUACCCAGAAAUCAAGCACUUCUGCCCCCGAGCACCUGUCAUCUUGGUGGGCUGCCAGCUGGACCUGCGCUACGCCGACCUGGAGGCUGUCAAUAGGGCCAGGAGACCCUUGGCUAGGCCCAUCAAGCCCAAUGAGAUCCUUCCCCCGGAGAAGGGUCGAGAGGUGGCCAAGGAGCUGGGCAUCCCCUACUACGAGACCAGCGUGGUGGCCCAGUUCGGCAUCAAGGACGUCUUUGACAACGCCAUACGUGCAGCGCUCAUCUCCCGCCGGCACCUGCAGUUCUGGAAGUCCCACCUCCGCAAUGUGCAGCGGCCUCUGCUGCAGGCGCCCUUCCUGCCCCCCAAGCCGCCUCCCCCCAUCAUUGUGGUACCCGACCCCCCCUCCAGCAGCGAGGAGUGCCCCGCCCACCUCCUGGAGGACCCGCUGUGCGCGGACGUCAUCCUGGUGCUGCAGGAACGUGUGCGCAUCUUUGCCCACAAGAUCUACCUCUCCACUUCCUCCUCCAAGUUCUACGACCUGUUCCUCAUGGACCUGAGUGAGGAGGAUCUGGGGGGCCCCUCAGGGUCAGGGGGCCCCUGCCCGGAGGACCACCGGGGUCACCCUGAUCAACACCACCACCAUCACCACCACCACCACGGCCGGGACUUCCUGCUUCGGGCAGCCAGCUUUGAUGUGUGCGAGAGCGUGGAGGAGGGCGGGGGCUCCGGGCCCGCUGGGCUCCGGGCUUCAACUAGCGACGGGAUCUUACGGGGCAACGGGACAGGGUACCUGCCUGGGAGGGGUCGAGUGCUGUCUUCCUGGAGCCGAGCUUUUGUGAGCAUCCAGGAAGAGAUGGCAGAGGAUCCACUGACUUAUAAAUCCCGGCUGAUGGUGGUGGUGAAAAUGGACAACUCCAUCCAGCCGGGGCCCUUCCGGGCUGUUCUCAAGUACCUGUACACAGGGGAGCUGGACGAGAACGAGCGGGACCUUAUGCACAUCGCCCACAUUGCUGAGCUGCUCGAGGUCUUUGAUCUGCGCAUGAUGGUGGCCAACAUUCUCAACAAUGAGGCCUUCAUGAACCAGGAGAUCACCAAGGCCUUCCACGUCCGCCGGACCAACCGGGUUAAGGAGUGCUUGGCAAAAGGCACCUUCUCAGAUGUGACCUUCAUCCUGGAUGAUGGCACCAUCAGCGCCCACAAGCCCCUGUUGAUUUCCAGCUGUGACUGGAUGGCUGCCAUGUUUGGGGGGCCGUUUGUGGAGAGUUCCACCAGGGAGGUGGUGUUUCCUUACACGAGCAAGAGCUGCAUGAGGGCCGUGCUGGAAUACCUGUACACCGGCAUGUUCACCUCCAGCCCCGACCUGGACGACAUGCAGCUCAUCAUCCUGGCCAACCGCCUCUGCCUGCCACACUUGGUCGCUCUCACAGAGCAAUACACAGUGACCGGGCUGAUGGAAGCAACUCAGAUGAUGGUAGACAUCGAUGGGGACGUCCUUGUGUUCCUGGAACUGGCUCAGUUCCACUGCGCGUAUCAGUUGGCUGACUGGUGUCUCCACCACAUCUGCACCAACUACAACAAUGUGUGUCGCAAGUUCCCUCGAGAUAUGAAGGCCAUGUCCCCAGAAAACCAGGAGUAUUUUGAGAAGCACCGGUGGCCGCCUGUCUGGUACCUGAAGGAGGAGGACCACUACCAGCGGGCCCGGAAGGAGCGCGAGAAGGAGGACUGUCUCCACCUGAAGCGGCAGCCCAAGCGGCGCUGGCUGUUCUGGAACAGCCCUUCCUCACCGUCCUCUUCAGCCACCUCCUCGUCUUCACCAUCUUCCUCCUCGGCUGUGGUCUGAGACGCUGCCACCCUCUUCUGGCCCUGCUGCUGUUGUCCCCACGUGUUCUUGCCCCUCUGCCCUUCUGCAUCGCCCCCUCCACCUUCCAGGGACAGAGGACUCACAUAACCGGGACCCUGCGGGGAGAAGCCGCUCUCACCAGCCAGCAGAGCUCAGCAGAGAGAGGAAGGAGCCAGGCCUCGCGGAUCAGAGCAGGGGCCCGGGCAGAGGUCCCGAUUCCACGGCAGGGCAGGAGGCAACCCCUGGGAGGUGGGGAGCGGGGAAAGAGCUGAGGGCUGUGGCGUCUGGUCUCUGGGUCGGAGAGCCCUAGAAUCAAAGGGAAACUCCCCCAGCUGUGAGGCCGUGUGUCUUGGUCUGCGGAGGCAGCCCCCUGCCCGUGAGCGGCAGUGAGCAGGCAGGGUCCUACCUCUGUUGAUCGUGUGUUGGCAUCAGCGGACUUGGAGGGUUGCAGAUGUUUUGUGGGCAUUUGCACGUGGAACCUACUCAAAUCCUCACUGGAGAAGUCAGGGUAGAAAUUAAGCCUUCAGAACCCAACUCAAGGUCUCCACCCCUGGGGUGCAGCUGCCAGAGGCCGCAAGUGGAAGGCUGGCCCUCUGCCAGCAUCUCUCACAGGGCUGUGGGCAUCCAGGCCUGAGAAGGGCGGCAGAGGUUGCUCAGAGCUGCAGGCCUAGAAGCAGCGCCUCUUGGUGCAAUGAGAAACUUCUUUCUCCCCGCUCCUUCACCACUCAGAUUUGGAGAUGGAAACCAAAGGAAACAGCUGGAACAGGGGGAGAGAAGGAAGGGAGUGAUGGGGGCCUGGGUGCAGCAAUCCCAUGCUCCUUUGGGCUCCUCCCCCUGCCUCUGGCUAGCACGGCUUCUCACGGGGUAGGGUAAAUUUAGCAAAAAACCCCAAACAACAAUGAACAGACUCACCACCAACAAAAACAUUGUCGCCUCUAUCCCCUCAAAGGAAGAAAAGCAGAAAAAGACCCUGUAUGGCUUACAUUUCUAUAAAGCCAAACAGGGUUCCCCACGUGGAUGAGGCAAUGGUUGAGGCGGUAGAAUUGACUCCAGUGCUUUUCAGGAAAGCAGUGUCACCGGCUGUGACCGAGGACGCCCCGGCCCUGCUGGUUGACCCUGGGCAGCACGUUGCGUGCCUUCAGCAUGCUGGGGAUGAGGUUU